CGCUGCCAAGAGUUUCAGCUGCCAUUAAGGGCACAAGGAAAGGAAAAGCGAAAGACGCGGAGUGGAAACAUGCUGUGAGUUAAGCUCAGAGCACUUUGUGAAAUCCUGUGGUUUUUGCAGCUUUUCUUGCUUUCUGACUUGGCCAGUAAAAUGGGCUGUUGGGGUAGGUUGAUCGGCAGAGAGGAAGGAGACACUAGGACAUAGAAGUUGCCCCACUGCAAGAGCAGUUGCAGUGAGCAGUUGCAUUCUUCAUCUUCCAAGAUCAUCAUUAUGGAAGCUCUUCUGACACUAUUUUCCAUUUCGGUACUCCUUACUACUGCUUGUUUAGAGACACAAGAAAAUACAAGGAACCGGACUCUUCCUGAUACUUCAACUCCAGCUGAAGUGAUGCUGAAUCCUCAGAGCCAAGAAUCCAAGGAUGCAGAACCAACAAUGACUCCAUCUGUUGGUGCCUCCUUGGAGUGUGAAACAUGUUUUGCCAGUAGGAAUAGUUGCCUGAGUGGAAAAGAGAUGUGCGAAUCUGGUGAGGACAUCUGCGUCAUCACAUUGACUGAAACCUCCAAAGGAGGAAAAACCAUGUCAACUAUAGAAAAAGGCUGCUACGUCUCUGAGAACUGCAGCUCUGCAUCUGUUUUGGUGACCUUUGGCCAAGGAGAGUUCCACAGGAAAAGCACCCUGUGUUGCUUAGGAGAAGACUGUAAAGAAGAUUCUCCUCCAUGGCCACUAAUAAACAUGACAGCCAAUGGAAAAUACUGCCCAGCCUGCUAUUCUGAGUUGGAGCCAUGCCCUACGAAGAUAGCCAAGUGUACUGGAUCUGAAAAUCACUGUCUGGAUUUGACGGUGCAUAAAUAUCCUGAAAAGAGCAUCACAUUAAAGGGCUGCAUAACUGAGCCUAGCUGUAAUGCUUUACGCUCUGGGAAAUUGGACUUCUUUGAUACGGAUAAAGCUGACAUAAAUGUUAACUGCCGGCCAGCCAGCCAGGUGUCCCAGCCUACAGGAUGUCUCCUCCUCGCUCUCUCUGGGCUCCUGCUGAUGAUGGUCCUCUUGUGAUCCACCUCUUGGAAGAAGCAGCCAUUGAAAGUUCUUUGUUUCUCCUUCUCAGAAAGAAUGAUUGCUUUCCAAGCCACUAGAAACUAAAACUGGUCUUUCACCAAGCAGAUGCUUGAUCCCACUAGCUCAUUUUUCUCUAUACUGACCAGCAAAAGAUCUCCAGAGGAGAUGCUGGGGCUUGAAUUAGGACCUUCUUUUUACCAACGAGGAGCAGUUUUCUAAUUCAUGAAUACAUAGAAGCAAAAGUUCAGCUGGAGAAUGCCUUUAUUUAAUACGGGUGUGCAAGGCAGAGUGUCAUCUGAGGUGAUAAAACAUUCCUUCUUUUGAAGCAUUGAUGCUAAAGUGAUCUUUCUUGACUCAGGGUCUUGCCUUGGAGGACGUGACUAAGAACUUGGAGACGUGUAUGUGGCUGUUCUCUUCCACAAAGCAAAAGCAAUCUUGUCUGGAGAUUGAGUCAUGGCAACUGGACUUUUCUUUUUUGGUACAGACAUUUCGCUACUUGUCCAAGCAGCUUCUUC